UCGCAUCUGUCAGUUUUGUACUUUGUGCUGUGUGCGUGUGCGUCCGUUUUGUCGUUAUUUUCUUGGAAAAAAAUAUUUUCUUAAUCAGAAUCAAAACAGAAAUCCCCCUAAAAUGGUUACUCUAGGUCCCAAAAAGGACGGAAAUCCUAAUGUGGAGUUUUUCCAAUCACCCGAAUCGAUGCAAGGAUUCGAUACCAUAAGAGUUUGGCUACAAAAGAAUUGUAAAAAAUAUUUAGCCAACAGUCCCGAUCCUAUUACGAGUCAAUCACUAUGCAAUUUACUCAUUCAAUUUCUUCAAUAUAUGGAGGCGAAGUUGGGCAAGAACACCGCAGAACCAGCCACAACUCGAAUACCAAUGCGAUGCUUCCUAGAUUUCAAGCCAAGUGGUGGGUUAUGUGUCAUCUUUGCGACGAUGUUCCGAUUCCGUGCCGAGCAGCGAGGGCGAAAGUUUGAUUUUACAAUUGGGAAGAAUCCGCAGCGCAAGGAUCCCAAUAUUCAAUUGAUGAUGGAUAUCGAGCAGGCUUUGAUUGAGGCCGACCUCUAUCGUACUCCUUACAUUUACAUCCGUCCAGAGGUGGACAAGGCUUUGGCUGCUCGUCUGCGUGAUAUUUUAUCUACCAGACGUGUCGAGAUUGUCUCUGACGAAGAGGACGAAGUGACUCAUGUUAUCUAUCCCGUGGUUGAUCCUCACCCCGACGAGUAUGCUCGCCCAAUAUUUAAACGUGGAAGUCAUAUCAUGUUGCAUUGGUAUUGCUUUCCAGAAUCGUAUGACUCGUGGACUCUGAAUACAUACGAUUUGCCAGACAAUAUUCCAGAUAAUCCGGAAUCUCCUUCGGGGAGAUGGCGAGUUUCAGCUUCUUGGAUUCUCGAUCUGGAGCAAUAUAAUGAAUGGAUGGCUGAGGAGGACUACGAAGUAGACGAAAGUGGCAAGAAGAAAAUGCAUAAGCAUCGAUUGUCCGUUGAAGAUCUAAUGGCCUAUUCGGGAGAUGAGAAGAAGAGAUCUAGCAACAAGCAGAAGCGUCGGCGCUCACCAUCGCCGGCUCAAAAAGCAGGCAAGAGAAAACGAUCACCUGCUGUUUUGCAUAAGAAGUCCCGCAGUGGCGAUGGUGAUGACGAUGAAGAUCUUACCCGAGACAUGGAUGAUCCAAUUGCCGAACCGAAUAUUCAAGAAGUUAUAAAACCAUCGACUAUGCAGAGUACUGCCAGUCCGGCUCCGGCUUCCAAGUCAAGAGACAACGAUAUGAUGCCAAUUAAGGGAGGAACCAUGACGGACUUGGACGAUGAUAUGGAACGUAAUGCUGGCAGUGGUUCUGGUGGAGUUGGUCAGAUUAUGGCUCCAGCCGAAGGGGAAAACUCUCAACCUGGAAAAACAAGUGAGAAUAGUAACACCCAAGAGUUCACAACUAAGGAGGACAUGGAAGACAAUGUUACCGAACAGACUCAUCAUAUAAUUGUGCCCUCGUAUUCGGCUUGGUUUGACUACAAUUCGAUCCACGUCAUUGAAAAACGGGCAAUGCCAGAGUUCUUUAAUAGCAAGAACAAGUCAAAAACUCCAGAAAUUUACAUGGCUUAUAGAAAUUUUAUGAUUGAUACUUAUAGAUUAAACCCUACAGAAUACUUGACGAGCACUGCAUGUAGACGUAAUCUAGCUGGUGACGUUUGUGCUAUUAUGCGUGUGCAUGCAUUCCUGGAACAAUGGGGCUUGAUUAAUUAUCAAAUCGAUGCUGAACUGCGCCCCACACCAAUGGGCCCUCCACCAACUUCGCAUUUCCACAUUUUGAGUGACACCCCAUCUGGGUUGCAAUCACUGAAUCCUCAAAAGACACCACAACCAUCGGCUGCUAAAGCCUUGCUUGACUUUGAUAAGAAAAAAGAAGGUUCAAAGGAAGGCGAUGGUGAAAAACCAACACUUCUUACAGCCGGAGCUGCCGUCAAAGUGGAGACCAUCGAAAAUGGUGGUGGACAAUUUGGCCUCAAAUUAGAUCAGUACACAAAGAAACCGGCUGCAAUGAAAAAUCGCACUGCCGCUAAUAUGGCUCGAGAAUGGACAGAUCAGGAAACUCUUUUACUGCUUGAAGGGUUGGAAAUGUAUAAGGACGACUGGAACAAAGUGUGCGAGCAUGUUGGCACACGUACUCAAGACGAAUGUAUUUUGCAUUUCCUUCGAUUACCAAUUGAAGAUCCUUAUUUGGAGGAUGAUGGCGGAUUUUUGGGUCCACUUGGCUAUCAACCAAUUCCGUUUAGCAAGUCUGGAAAUCCAAUUAUGUCGACCGUUGCGUUUUUGGCUUCAGUUGUUGAUCCAAGGGUUGCUGCUGCGGCAGCCAAAGCUGCUAUGGAAGAAUUUGCUGCAAUUAAGGAUGAGGUUCCAUCGUCCAUAAUGGAUACUCAUUACAAAAAUGUUGAGAAACUAAAUUCCACUGGAAAGUUCGAUCCCUAUGCUGGUUUGUCGAACAGCGGUAUAGCUGGAACCGGAGCUGACAAAGAAGAUGAAGAUCCUUCAAAGCCCCCAGUUGCAAUGAUAAUGCCGCCAAAUGCAUCUCAAGACGAAGAAAUGAAAGACAUAACCAAGAAAGAGGGAACAGCUGAUUCUAGCAAUCCUGAAUCCCCUAAAUCCGAAUCUUCCUCCCAACCUUCUGCUGGAGUUGAGCCUAAUAAAUCUUCAAACCCCACCGUUUCAACAGGUAUAGAUGAGAAAGAAAUUAAAACUGAAGAAUCGUCAAUGGAAUCAACAUCAGGAAGUACCGAGGCAACUAAUGGUUCCAAAGAAAAUGGCGAUGGUAGCCGUAAGCAAAUUUUCAACGAAGCGAAUCUCCAGACUGCUGCUGCUGCAGCUCUUGCCUCGGCUGCAGUUAAAGCUAAACAUCUAGCUGCACUUGAAGAACGUAAAAUCAAAUCUCUUGUGGCUCUGUUGGUAGAGACUCAAAUGAAGAAAUUGGAAAUUAAAUUGAGGCACUUUGAAGAACUAGAGACUACCAUGGAAAAGGAACGCGAAGGUCUAGAGUAUCAGAGACAGCAACUGAUAACAGAGCGCCAGCAAUUCCACUUGGAGCAAUUGAAAGCAGCUGAAUUCCGUGCAAGGCAACAAGCUCAUCAUCGUCUACAACAAGAGCAGCAGUGGCAAGGUAAUGCAGCCCAAGCUCCACCACCAGGAGCCGCUGCGGCUACGCCAAUGCCUGGUGCAACAGGUCCAACCCCACCAUCGUCAACAGGUGUAACAGCACCUACAGCAUCGCAACCUACAGCCCAACCAUCUGGUACUGUUCCACCACAGCCCCCAAGCGUAUUACAGAACCCAGCUGUGUUAGAACCACAUUCCCAACAACCCCCCAUACCACCAGUUGUUCCAGUAGAGCCAGCCAUGCCGCCACAAGGACCUCCGCCAGUAAACCCAGGUGCUCUCCAACCAACUCCACCACAGCCGAUGCCGCCACAGCAGCCCCCCUCAGUUGCUCCUCCUACUAUCCUUCCGGUUCCUCCUUCGCCAUCAGCUCAGACCUAGAACCAAGUGUCAAAAAUGCAAUGGCUAUACAAAAAUAUUUAGUAAUUUUAAGAUGUAUGCACUUCUUGUGCUUAUAAUAUACACAGACUAGAUGUAUCUUAAACACUUUUUCUUGGCACAUUUUAAAUUAGUAUCCCAUACGCAACAUUCACUCUAAGAGAAUGACAAAUUAAAAAAAGAAGCAAGUGUUUUUUGACCAUAGAUUACGCUCGUAACGGUAUUAGCAUAUAUGAAGCUAAGCAUUAAAAAAUAGUAAUUAUAGUGUUUUUUUGAGAACUCAAACUUAAAAUAUAUACAAUAACAUUAUUUGUGUCUGCUGAAA